AUGGCGGGCGUGAAAUCAGUGACACAUUACACCAUCGGAUCCGGCCUUCGACUUGUGACGGGCUCGGCGGCUGGACAGAUCUCACGGUGGUUCCUCGCUAUUGUGGUCACCUGCUCUGGACAAGUCGCUUGGCCGGUGCAAUCGUUCAGCCCAGAAGUCGCACGAUUGCUUCAAGCAGCUCUUUCAUCGAUAGCAGCAGCUGAUCUUCCUUCCAUAGUCACUGUGGAGCCGUCUUCAGCUCGAUCUCCUUCUCCACCUGAGCAAUUUGCAUUCCCACAAUCGAUACCUCUAUCACUACCAGAAGGGCCUCGUGAGAAGCUGGUGCCUGUUGUUGAACGCCCUGCGGCAGAUUCUCCUCGUCAAAUAUUGCCCCCAGCAACUCUGUUUCCAAUGCCAGUACCAUCACCUGCACACUCAGAGCCUUCAAUAACUCCUCCUCAGCCCCAACCUCCUGCACCUGCCCAGCAGCCACCAGUCACCAGUGAAGUACCAUUUUAUCUCACCGCUGCAACACGCCUACGAUUGCCAUCACCUGUUUACCAACAUCCACUUCCUGUUCCAUACCUCACCGGUAACGCUAAUAUGUUGUUUUUCGCACAAUCACCUUCCCCUUCUUUAGCCCAGCAGUUCCCAACCCAAAUAGCGCAACCUGCAGGAUCUGCACCCUCGCACCCUCCCGUUCCGGAGAUUCCUACGCCGACGGAAUCGCAACCACCACAGGAUCCUCAAGUAGCAAUUCCAACGCAACCGCAGCCUUCUCCGCUUCCAGCACCCUCAGUUACAGAAGAGAUGGUUCUAUCUGUGCCCCUUUUUGCCCCAGAUUCACCUUCUCAGAGUUUUCCUUUUGUUCAACGUCGCCGAGUCCUUUGA